AAAUUGACUAAUAUUGUUGUAAAUGUGCAAAAAGUGACUCAAAAAUUCACACCAGUUUUUUAAACAUGGUUUGAAGCUAAAUGUUAUUUUCAGCGUGAGCUGCUUUACAAACGGAACCCCAUAAGCUGAGGAGCCAGAGCGACAGACCGGAACUAUCUGUAGAGCAACCUGCAGCUAGAGGGACGGACCUGUGUUCAUCUGGGACAUGUUCAGGGACGAGUUCAAGUUGUCCCACGAGCAGCUUCAGUUCAGAUUGAAAUACACCUGAGAAAACAAAGCAGGUGGCAGCACCAUGUUGAAUCAUCAGGAAAAGGGUGUGAGUGUGUGCGUUGUGUUGUGUAACGUUGUGACUGGUUUACAGGUUUCUCUGUGGAGGGAAGGAUCUGAAAGGAUCCGGUCCGGCCGGUGUCCCGACUCUGUGUCUGAAAGGAAACCAGAUUCCUCUGUGAGGAAUUCACACAGUGAUCAGGAUCCACGUCUUCACACCUUGAGAUGUGGAUUCUACCAUUCUUCACAACUUCACUAUAUCAUAUUAUAUAAUGUGACAAGAGGUCAUUACAAACUGACAGAUUUAAACCAACACUGUUCUGGUUUUAUGAAAAUUUGACUUAAAGUGUUAAAAUGGGCGUUUGUGCAGAUUCACUCUUAGAACAUAAAUGAGCCCCAGCUGAUUGGCUGUCACCCGGUGAUCAGGUGGAGGUGGGCGGGGCCAGGCUGUCAGCAGGUCAUCAGGCAGUUGAGUGACAGACCGGAGGAUGUUCACCGUGAGAGUAGGUCAGUUCAACUUCCCCCUCUGCUUCAAACUGCUCUGCUUCUGCUGAACUCUACAUAUAUGAGUUAAGACUGAAAAACUAAAAUGGCAAGAAGAUCUAAAAAAAGAGUUCUUCUGCUGCUGCUUCCUGUGGUUAUUUUAAUCACAGUCAUUCUGCAGAAAUACGGCGACACAGUGACGGAUGAAUUUCAACAGGUUUUAUUCAAACGCUUCAACAAGUCCAGUCGGCCCUCAUCAGCUGAUUCAUGUCCGAUGCCAAGAAACUGUCCUGAGAAGCACUUCAGCUUCUACAUCCAGAGCGGAGCCGCCAGCGCCCUGCCUCCAAAGAUCUGCUUCCAGAGCCAGAUGGUUCUUGGGACAGUGAUGAAAAAUGCUGGAUUGGGAAUAAACAUAGUUUUAAUAAAUGGUAAAACCGGAGAAGUGCUAAAGACGGGGAACUUUGACAUGUACGGAGGAGACGUGAAAGAUCUCAUCGAGUUCCUGAACAGCAUUGAGACGGGCACCAUUGUGCUGAUGGCGACUUUUGACGAAUCUUCGUCAAAGUUAAAUGACGAAGGGAGGAAGCUGAUCACUGAACUGGGAAGUUCUAUGAUCCAGUCGCUGCGCUUCAGAGACAACUGGGUGUUUGUUGGUGGGAAAGGAGCAGAUGUGACGAGCCACCUAGAGAAGUUCAAGAAGAGUGACUCAGCACUGAACAUAUAUGAAGGCUGGCCCGAGCUCAUUGUUCUGGAGGGAUGCAUCCCCACGUUAUCGGAGUGAGCAGCUCCUUCUCAAAGAGACCAAGUGACGGACCAGCUGAUAUUUAGUAGUUUGAGAAGAAAUCUGGCUGCAGCUGGUGUUAGACCAGCCCAGUGAGUCCAGUGGGAUCGUCCUCACGUCGGUGCAGCAGUGAGGAAAUCUACCACUGAACACUUUGAUUUCAAUCUGCAUGACGCAGACCAGAUCUGGGACCAGCUCCUCUUUUCUCUGGAUGGAGUCAAACAUGGGGACAUUUUUUACAAUUAAUGGGGACAUCAUCCAAAAGGACAACUUGGACCACAUUGAUCAUUUUCUCACUUGCUGCCUUCGGGACUCGAUGUCUCCACCCUCUGGUUCUGGAGUUCUCUCUCCUCACUCGUCAGAGCUGCUCAUUGUGGGAACUGAUGGUUUCUCUAUAAAUCUACAGUCUGGAUUUUCCUUUUUUGAUUUGGCUCUUAAAUGUGAAUGAAUUGAACUUUGUGUGAAGCCCUUUGUAACUUUGUCUAGAUACGUGCUACACAAAUAAAGUGAUGCCAUUGUUA